GCUUAGGGUACUGGUGAGCGCUGUCAUAACAUACUCGAUGAAAAUAGAAUCAUCGUGUCGACACGACACGACCCACAAAUAAUUGUUUCUUCUUUCUAUGGAUCAAUAUGAUUCUGCCUUUACAUUAAAAGUCAAAAUUAAAACGUCAGAGUGAAAAGUUAUACUCUGCGUAGGUUUGGAACGCAGCCCUAUUUAGUAACCGAAACGCUCUUGGCGCUCUCAUCUUCAAACGAAUCAAAUUUUAUUUACCACAUCAACAUGGCGGAUAAAUCAGAAAGAGAGAUAGAUGGUGAUAAUAGUUCGUUACAUUCACACCUUAGAGUUAAAAAUGAACCAAUGGACUUGGAUUUCCCGGAAGAAGAAGAACCACCAGCUUUUGGACCAGCUGCACUUGGCCUUCAUAGAGUUGGUACAAAGUUACCGCCAAAACCGGCACCUAGUGAACCAGUGCAAAAGUUGAAUGCAAGGGGUAUGCCUGCUCGAAUCAGAAAGAAAAACAAAUUUAUAUUUGUUGAUGAUUUUGUAAAUACGUCACCACCAAGACAAUCCCCUAAAAGAACUCCAAGAAUCACUGCAAGAACACCUAAUAAAACAUCUAGUGCCAAAAAGCAGAAGUCUCCAUCAAAAGUUCAAAGGAAUGUUGACAAAUAUGAUGAUAAAUCUGAGAAUAUUACUACCCAAUCACCAGAUCGAAAGUCUGGUCAACGAAUUGGAAUGAGACUUAGAAACUUGUUGAAAUUACCUAAGGCACAUAAGUGGGUUUGUUUUGAAUAUUUUUAUAGUAACAUUGACAAGGCCCUAUUUGAUGGUGAAAAUGACUUUAUGAUAUGUUUAAAGGAAUCUUUUCCGCAACUUGCCAAUAGAAAAUUGACUCGGGUGCAAUGGGCUAAAAUAAGACGAAUGAUGGGAAAACCUAGGAGAUGUUCACAAGCAUUCUUUGCUGAAGAGAGAAAAGAGCUUGAAAGAAAAAGAAGAUUAAUAAGGUACAUCCAACAAAGGAAAACUACAGAUAUAUCUCUGAAAGACUUACCAAAUGAAAUUCCUAUGCAGUUAGUAGUUGGUACUAAGGUAACAGCUAGGUUAAGAAAGCCCCAAGAUGGCUUGUUUACAGGUUGUAUUGAUGCUGUGGAUACAUCCAAUAAUACAUAUAGAAUAUCUUUCGAACGGCCUAAAUUAGGUACACAUUCAGUGCCCGACUUUGAAGUGUUGUCCAAUGAUCCACCUGAUACUAUUUGCCUUUCUAGUAUUGCUCAAAAGUUCAGGCCACGUCAAGUUAUGCAAGAAAUGUAUAAUGUUUGUCAGCCUUAUGCAAGCAAUAACACUAAAGGAGAUCCAUUGAUUGGCUGUGCCGAUUUAAAAAAGCAUUUGGAGUCUGCAGGCAGUAAUUAUCCAUUGGCCUUUAUGGAAUUGAUUGUUAAACUUGCUAAAAUAUUGUAUGCUAAGAGAGCUAAAAUUGAUAGACUAAAAGAAUAUAAUAGCGAAGCUGAAAAACGAAAAUGUUUUGGGCAAAAAAUGCCAGAAGAUUUUGAGAGAAAAUAUGCUGCCAUAGUGAUAGAUCUUGCAAGAAUGAAUAUGGAUUUGCAAGAUUACAUCAAUGAGAUUCAAGUCUACUGCCAACAAAUAGCUCCAGGUCCUAGUUUAGCAGCUAUGCUUGCUCCAUCGCAUUUAAGAGAAAAAUGUACCGAAGAAGCUACAUUAUUAUUCGAAAAGAAUAACAAUGGCUCAGUAAGAGAUCAAACCCUAAUUGAACUUAUAACAGAUCUCACAUCACUGAUGUUACAAGUGAAAACUUUAUCGGAUUCAGAUCAAAAUGCUUAUGAAUUAAGUAUAUUGCAAGGGUCAAUGGACAGAAUAAAAAUGAAAUUAAAUCCCCAUCAUCAAAAAUUAUUCCAAAAUAAUAUAGAGGUUCAUAUGCAGCGAAUACAGAUGGGUUUAGGUCAAAUAUCUUCAAUAACUGCUGGUACAUAAAUGUGCAAUAUGUGAAUUGAAAUUCUAAUAAGUAAAUAAAUAUGGCUGAUGUGAUCAUUUGUAAUUGAGUGUCAAUGAAUUUCCAAUGUAAAUUCACUACAAUGGUAUGUUUUAAUUAUCUUGUAAUGUGCUAAAAUUUCAUCUCUAUAAUGUAUUUUAUCAUACAAAAUGUAUCAAUAAUAUUUUUAAUUUAAGGAAGAUUUUUAUUAGAUAAUAGAAAAGUUACUAAUAAUUCUAUUUAUUUUUAAUCAACUGCACCAGUCUCUGUAGCAUGAGCACUACAAUUUACAUUUUAACGCGUCUAACUGUCAAAUUCCAUAGUAAUUUGAUAAUUGAGCGUGAUAAAGACGCGUUAUAUAUCAUAUGGCGGUGCUCAUGCUAGGGGGGCAGAAGGGGUUUUUUGUUUUUUU